AUGAGUAAGAGCGCUAAUGAAGCUUAUGAUCUGUUUGAAGAAAUGGCUAUGAAUAACUAUCUAUGGCCAUUAGAAAGAGAAACCACUAAGAAGGAGAGACUCCAAAAGAACUGUCUUGACAAGCAGUUUGCAAAGCUCUUAGAGGUAUUCAAGAGACUGCAUAAUAACAUCCCCUUUGCAGAAGCAUUAGAACAGAUGCCUAAUUACGUUAAAUUUAUGAAAGUUAUCUUAUCAAAGAAGAGAAAGAUGGAGGAUUAUGAAACUGUGGCAUUGACUGAAGAGUUUAGUGCUAUUUUGCAAAGGAAGCUUCCACAGAAGUUGAGAGAUCCUGGAAGUUUCACAAUCCCAUGUACAAUUGGUAACUUUGAGUGUAAACAUGCACUAUGUGAUUUGGGAGCUAGCAUAAAUCUCAUGCCUCUAUCAGUAUUCAAAAGACUUGGUUUGGGUGAGGCAAAGCCAACCACUGUUACACUACAGUUGGCGGAUCGAUCACUGGCUCAUCCGAGGGAGAUCAUAGAAGAUGUGCUAGUAAAGGUCGACAAAUUCAUUUUCCCUGCAGAUUUUAUUGUGAUGGAUAUGGAGAAGGAUGCAAAUGUCCCAAUUUUUCUUGGGUGA